AUGGACUCAAUAUUCCCCACGGACGUUCGCGAAUUUGACAGUGACGAUCGCAUAUCGUUUUCGAAGCUCGACAACAAGUUCAUCGCCGUCCACGAUGACGGCACCGAGUAUGAGUUUGAUGCCGAUUUGAAGCGAUGGGGGCCUGCUGCGGAGGAACACGAUGCGCCCGAUCUGCAUGAACAGCUUUACGACGGCGCAGCAUAUGGGGCUGAAGAUGGAGAGUCGAGGAAACGGAAGAAUGGUUCGGGGCCUGAUUUUGAGAUGCCGGACGCGCCAAAGCCUCCUCGACCGAACAAAAAACAAAAGGCGCCUCCACAGCCGAGACAGAACACAGCCGUGUACGUCACCGGGCUCCCCGCCGACGCAACCGUCGAUGAAGUGCACGAGCUCUUCUCCCGAAAAUGUGGUGUCGUCGCCGAAGAGAUCGACAGCGGAGCGCCACGCAUCAAGUUGUACAACGAUGAAGAGGGCACCUUCAAGGGCGAUGCAUUAAUCGUCUUCUUCAAGCCCCAGAGUGUCGAGAUGGCUAUUAUGCUCCUUGACGACACGGACUUCCGAAUCACGGCGAGUGGCACCCGAGAGGGGAGAAUACGAGUGCAGGCAGCGGAUUCAAGUUACAAGAAGGUCAAGUAUGACCAGGAGGGGGCUGCAGCAGGUGCCAAGGAUGUUUCAGAGCGGAGACCGCAGAAGAGCAAUCAAGAUCGCCAAAAGAUCAUCAGGAAGACCCAAAAACUAGACGCGAAGCUUGCCGACUGGGAUGAUGAUCUGCCAUAUCAGGCGCAGGCAGAGGCACCAAAGAGGGACAAGGUGGUGAUUCUACGACACAUGUUCACUCUGGCAGAGCUCGAAGAGGACCCGGCUGCAUUGCUGGAGAUCAAGGAGGAUAUCCGGGAUGAGUGUGCCAAGCUGGGAACAGUAACGAACGUGGUACUCUUUGACCAAGAACCCGAUGGGAUGGUAUCGGUCAAGUUCCAAGAUGCCCAAUCCGCUCUUGCUUGCAUCAAGCUCAUGCAUGGGAGGAGCUUCGAUGGCCGCACAGUGGAGGCGUUCCUGGCCACGGGAGGGGAGAAAUUCAAAAAGUCCAAGAAGGUACAGAAUGAUGAGGAUUCGGACUAG